AGAGACUAUAGAAUUGUAGGUCUAGCCACUGACGUUGCCAAAAAUAAAUUAUUCUGGUCGGACAUCAGUUUUGAGACAUCAAAUCGAGGGAUUUACACAAGUGACCUUAAAGGCAAAAAUAUCACGCGCAUAGUUCACGAUGUUGGAGAAGUAAAUGGUCUUACAGUUGACUGGGUGUCACGUCAUAUAUACUGGACGGACUUGGAACGGAAGACAGUCGAGGUAGCAAACUAUGACGGGUCAUCCAGAAGGGUCAUUGUGUCAUCCGACCUGAAGUCGCCACGGGCAAUAGUUGCGUCACCAAUCUAUGGGUAUAUAUUUUGGGCUGACCAGAGAAACCAUCGUAUUGAAAGGGCGUGGCUGGAUGGCUCGCACAGACGGACGGUCGUCAAGUCCUCCUCCUACUUCCCUAACCAACUUGCUAUCAGUAUAAAAGACAAGCAACUUUACUGGGUCGACGCGUGGGAACAUGCCGUUUUCUCGUGUAAACUGAACGGCAAGAAAUGCAAGAAGCAGGUCGACUUGCAGCAGUUGACGAAAGGAUCGCCAGGAUUUGGACUGAUCGUCUUCGGCAACUUGGCGGUGAUCAGCACAUGGUUUAAUACCGCCAUCUACUCCCUCGUGUUAAACUCCAAGAAGCUCAUCUGGCAGCAAGAGAUAACUAAUCUUGGAACUAGAGAACUGUUUAGUUUGAUAAGCCUUAACCCAACCAUGCAGCCGAUGACGUACCAUCCUUGUAUGGAAGAUGAUAACGGCGGAUGUUCUCAUCUGUGCCUUCCAACACAUAAAACACAGUAUGUUUGUGCGUGUCCAACUUACGGCGGAUUGGCAUUAUCCUCUGAUGGGAAAACUUGUAGAGUUCCUGAGGAGGCAUUGCUACUUAGUUUCGAGGACACUGGUUAUGUUGGAUUUAUUGCUAUUGAUCCUGGCUGGAGUACCGAAGUCCAUUUAAUAAGUGCAUCGAAAUCUCCAGGGGCCGUUGCUUAUGAUCGCAGAGAUCAUAUGGUAUAUUGGAGUGACACGUCAGAGGGUACUAUUUAUAGAAGUAGAAUAGAAGGGACAGAAAAGGCUGUAUUUCUGGAUAAAACGAAUGGAAUAGGUCGUGUCGAUGACCUGUCGUUCAAUCCGGUGACUGGUUGUCUAUAUUUCACAAAUGCCGUGCUUAUUGAAGCGAACUAUGACGGAAAGGUGCACAGUCUACAUUCUGUAGAAAUGAUAGAAGUCCAUACAGAGAAUAGAAAAACUAUACUAAAGAGCGACAAGAAACCAAUUCGAAUAGUUGUUGAUGAAAAUGGAAGUUACCUGUAUAUAGCACUCGCUGGGCAUGCUCCGGAGGUCAUACGAACGGAGCUUGAUGGGUCUAAUGCAACCAAUGUUCGCGUCAAUGUAUCUGACCCUCUAGGCCUAGCUAUUUCCGGUAACAUAUUAACUAUAGCCGAUAGAAGGUACGAAAAUAACACAGUGGAGACAGUUCUAAUAAAGUAUAACACAGAAAAAGAAGCCGAGACGGAUGCGAUUAAAACAAAUAAGACAACAUACAGUAUAGGAAGUAACGGGGAUGUACUAUACAUUGCCGACGCUGUAAAAAGUUCUCUACUGGUAUAUAACGACACGGAACAGACCACGUUGCUGGAACAUGGACUAGUCGCAGAUAUUGCCUUUACAAUAACAGAUCCAAAAACAGAAGAUCAUAUUACGAAGUGUAUUAAUGCCGGAUGCAGUCACGGGUGUGUUCCUUUACCCAGCCAUUAUCCUACUGACGUGCGGUGUUCUUGUCCGGCUCAGAGCAGUCUUGUUUUACAUAAUGAUCAAAAGAAUUGCAAACGACCAGAUAAUUUUCUACUGUAUGCAGACAUCAAUAAGAUACAGUUACUGAGUUUAGAUAAAGACCUUUCUACAGAACCUAUUACAUUGUUUUAUGGGGAUGGACAGUCUAACAUAGAAUCCGUGGCUUAUGAUGAAAGUAAAGAACGUUUAUACUGGGCUGACAGACACAGCAAUUCAAUAUACCUAUCACAUCUCCAUCAGAUAGAGCCGAUACUAGUUUACAAACAAGAGGACCCACUACAAGAAAUGAUCUUUGACCCUCGACGUCAGCGUCUGUACUGGUCAAGCAAGUUUGCUAAAAGUUUGGGAUUUUAUAUCUCAAGUUUAAACAUGAAACGUGGAUUGGACUCUAAACUUACUCUGUUCUCGUACCACAGAACUAUGACGUCAUUGUCAUUACAUCCGAAGGGAAGGUGGCUUUAUUGGAUAGAAGAAGAGACAGAAUUCGAAGCUGCGGGUAUAGGUUCGUGUAAAUCUAAACCGGAAGUACGGUAUAAUAAUGUGUUAGAAGAGGGCCUUCAAUCACCAAACAGUCUGUAUGUCGCAAAAGACAAGCUUUAUGUUACAGAAAAGGGCGGGAAAAUUGUGGUGAUCAACCUUGAUGGAGAGAUAAUGUCGGUGAUAUAUCCGGACUCACCUGAAAUCAACCACCUUCUUGUCCAUGAAGACGUUCUGAUUAUAUCUGAUACGAAGGAACGGGUCAUUAAAGUUACGGAUGUGAAAUCUGGGGCCACAAUGACUCUAGCUGACCGUCUCGAUAAACCUUCUGCACUGGCUCUUCAACUUUCGUCGCAAUCAAACGAUGCCUGUGAUCAAAGUAAUUGUUCGGACGUCUGUAUACCUUUACUGCGAAAUGAUUAUAUCUGUACAUGUUAUAACGGCAGAAUACUUGAAAGUGAUGAAAGAACUUGUAUCAAAAUUCCGACAACAACAACAACAACAACAACUACUACUACAGAAAAAACAACAACCACAACAACUUCUACUACAACAACAACAAAAUCAACAACGACGGAAGAAGAGUCAACUACAGCAAAAAAGUUUGAAAAGCUACCAGAUUUACGCUGGAAACUUGCGUCAGAGACAACAGCGUCAUCGGAAGAAGUCACAGAAUAUGACGUCGAAAUCCGAAAUACGUCAUCUAUGACGUCUGAUAGACUCGAGCCUAGAGGUUUUUCCACAGAGUAUAAGAUAUUUGAUGAACAUACUGGGGAGCCGAAACCGACACAGUCUACGGAGGAAGUAGUAUACGUAACAAAAUCACCUACAGAGAUUGUGACGACAGUCAAUGAAGAUGAUGUAUACGGUAUAUAUGAUGGAGGAAAUUUAGGGAUUCCAUAUUUUGAGAAUUGUCCAAGCGACACCAUUAUAGCCCGGGUUCCUAGCACAGACAAAGUUGUAGAACUUCCUAUAAAACCAAUAGGCUAUAACAGCAAUGGAUCGCCACUGCCACUUCAUUGUGACAGAGAAAUGACCGAGUCUGGUGUAAUUGUUACGUGGGAAGGUGAUGAGUCAGAAAGUCGACAAAGUGUCACAUUCUAUGUCACUGAUUCCAACCACAAGAAAAAGAAAUGCACUUUUACUGUUAUACUUCAAGAUGUUGACCCACCAAUGUUUGCGUCAUGUCCGGAAACCGUUAAGGUACGAACUGCCGACUACUCAACAUAUGUUAACUGGACUGUACCGGAAGCUAUAGACAAUGUGAAAGUGAAAACAGUAGAAAGUACUCAUACACCCGGGUCACACUUUCUGCCCGGAGAAACUAAAGUUAACUACACGGCCAUUGAUGUUGCCGGAAAUACAGCCACGUGUGUGUUCAGCGUGUUUGUUUUACAUGAUCACGUCUGCAACCUGCCCGACAUUCAUCACGGCGGAAUGAUCUGUAGCCAAGGUGACAGCGUUACUGGAGAAAAAUGUCAAAUUAUCUGUGAGCAAGGCUAUGUCAUAAAUCCAGUCCCAACUUUUAGACGCUUGUUCAACUGCAGACAUCCAGAUGAUGUAGACGAUUUAAAAAAGAUAAUGGCGACGCAGGAACCUUGUUUAAAGCAUAACUAUCCGUCCUUGCUAAGACAGACGUUCAGCUUCAUGGUGAAAGGUCCAAUUAGUCUUCACAAGGUCAAGGUCAGAGAUGACGUGAACAGGGCUAUCGUUAGUACUCUUGAAGAGGAGAGUCUGUGUAUUGAUGACGUUUGUCAUUUUAGUAACGUUAGCAUGAAAUGUGAUGAUGACGUCAUCGUAGACGAGAUGGACAAUGGCACGUGUUUAGAUGAGGAGAAAAGAACGGAGUUCUUCAUUAUCUUUAAUAUAACCCUUUCAAACAGUACUGGGGCAGAUGUGCAGACAUUGUUACAAGAUAUUCAUUUGGAGCUAUUAUCACUCGCCUCUGCAAUACAGCUUAAUAUUGAAGGUCAUAUGUAUAAAGCCAUUGCAGAGAGUCUAGUUAAAUCAGACGGCAUCUGGUCAUGCCCUGUUGGACAAGUACAAGAACAUGGACUUUGUAUUUCUUGUCCUCCUGGGACGUUCCACAAUACAGACUCAAACAUUUGUCAGUUUUGUUCUAUUGGGUAUUACCAAGAUAACAACGGCCAGGUCAUGUGUAAAAUGUGUCAUCCAGGCCGGACGUCACCAACCGGUGCUACAGCCAGCAAUCAGUGCCACACUAUACCAACUAUGGACGAAAUGACCUUGUUCAUCAUAGUGACCACGUGCUCUUUCGGCGUUGUUUUCCUGUGCAUGGCAAUCACGUUGUAUCUACAGUUCCAGCGACAGAAAAAGAGGAACCAGCAGGCCAGCAACCAGAAGAAAACUCGUUACAACAUGUCGCCGAACGUAUACGUAGCUCCGCCCCCAAUCCUUAAAUCAAAGCUCGACGAGACCUACACGUCGGGACAUAAAACCUACAGUAUUGACAGAAAGAAGCCUAUUAAUAUAUAUGCCAACCAUGACUACGAUGACAUGAACAGGAGCCCCAGCACCGGGCCGUUAACAAACUACCAAAAUGACUUGCUUACAAUGCUGCAGGGACAAAACAGGGACUAUUCCCCUGGGGAAGAGGUUCCAACGGGGACACUGUCCCGAGAAAAUACAUUUUCUAAUCCUACUUAUUCGCCUCAGUUUGGAUUGCGUAGAGGUGACAAAGGCUCCUUGUCACGUGGUGUGAGCACUCCGUCACCGGGUCCACAAAGAAAAAUGUCAUACGACAGCACUUUCUCGAACCAGUCGCCGCGAACUAUCAGGUCUCAGAGGACGCCAACCAGCGAUACACCUUUAAUCACCCAGUCACCUUUACUUAGAUUAAAACUCGCCGCGUACAAUCUCAAUCAUGAAGAUUAG